ACAUCAUUAAACUAUCGACGGAGCACGCAACGCAUUCUGGUUAGUGCGAAAAAAUGUUCAGAAAGCGAAGUAGGGCGGAAAGUUUCAACAAAAGUGCCAAAUUGAGGAAGCUGGAGGAGUUGGGUCUUCCCAACGCAAAAUUAAAGUUUUGCCCUGAACAACUGUUGAAUAUUAAUUACAUUUUUAAUGAGAGAUUAGAGGAAAAUGCCGCUCAUUCAACAGAUAAAUCCAUUUUACUGGCUAAAUCAGUUUCGGAAAGAUUGGUGCAAAGACUUUUGUGUGGAGUGGGCCAGCUGGACCAGAGAUUUUCGUCGAAAUUCUUGAUAUGCAAUCAUCAACACAGAAAUAAAUCCCUCCCUCUAAACCUCAAAUAUUUGGUACGUCUGGACUCUCUAUCAACCCCAGUAAUCUAUGAGAACGACCAAACUUUAAAGUACUCAGUCAUAGAGACGGAUUCUGAUUACCCAGCUGGUUAUGCCAGAAUAAGACUACACACUUCCUCAUUUCAAACGUGGGGGGACUACACAAGCUCCAACGGAUACUUGAGAAGGGACAAAGUGCAAGCGAAAUUCGUUGAGCUCUUGGCCCAAUCGGCUGCCAGAGAUCUACCAAAUUCGCCUUUACAAGUUGAUGAGUCCACAUCUUGCGGAAUACCAGGGAAAAUUCUUGACCCGGCUACUCUACAUUUCAUACUGAACUUGGACUCGAAAUAUCAAGUCUACUAUGGACCAGGAGGUAACGUACCCAGAUUUCCGGACCCAAGAGACAUCAGACUGGCAAUUAUCGACGAACCCAACGGUGUCAAACUCAAAAUCGAGUUUCUAUCACCAGCCUUGUCGAACAUUUCGAUAAACGUUCGCCUAUUGGUGGCCAUAGGCAUAGACGCCUGGCCCAGCACUACCAACUUUCCAUCCAGAGUGUCCCUAGGCCACUGCGACUGUUUGUUGUACCAUAGAGCGUCCCAGACGGGGAUGUACUUGGUGGGUUAUGGGGUUCAGUCAUCGGCAUGGCAAAUUAGAACCCCUGCUGCCGAGUUCAUCAUGUUGAACCAUUAUGGGGUCAAUAGUACCGUCCGGACGGUUCUGGAUGUGCUGUAUUACAUCAUGGAUGAGAUUGAUACAUCCAGGAAGUUUAAAAAACAAGUUUGCUACAAGAUUUUGAACAGAUACAUCCUCCUAACUCUUUUGCUGGAAGAACUGGAAGAAAACAGCGUCAACCAUGGCAGUGACGUCAUUUAUUGGUCGCCACUAUAUUUAUCAACCAUAGUGUUACAAUUAAUGGACAGAAUAAUUCGUCGAUUGUACACCGAACAGCAACCAAAUUACUUCUUCAAAAAGUCCAACCUAUUCAUCAACCCUGGACAUUUAUCCGACGAGGACUUCAUCAUCGAAGCUAACAACGUCAAAAAUUAUCUGGGGAGGCUGUUCGAUAAAUCCCUGAUGUCCACUAAGGAUAAUGAAGCCUUUCAGAGGAUGUCGCUGUCUCAGCAGAGCGAGGCUAUGCUUUUGACGAGAUGGAGGGAUAUUGUACAGGGGUUGUUGCCACCUUCCGGCACCAGGGGGCGCAGGUUUUGCUUUGCGGGGUCGAAAAAUCGACAGGACGUCGUGCACACUCAAUACACCAACAGGCAGCUGGAGUACAUAGGUUUGCUCCUCAAGAAUAUGCUGUUGGUGCAUCAAAAGUUAUUACAGGCUGACCAUACUGCAGUUGACAGUACCAUAAACCACAUGGAUUUUGAUAAGGGCGACCACAUGGAGGACGUCAUAUUCAUUUUGGUGACCAUUAUGGAGCAAGCUAGAGACCAGUACUUAGCCAAUGCAACCAAUCCAAACAUAGUGAAGAAUAAGAGCAAAAUCCGAAGCCACUACAACACGUACACCUCAAAAUUGGUGGAUAUCAUACGUAAGGAUAAAGAGAUCAAACAUCAAGAUUACUCGGACGAUACAGUCUUAGUGAAAAUCAUACUCAAGUGGCUUUAUAAAGCGAUGGACCAAAACAAAAGGCAUUUGGGACCGAUCUUACGUCCGUAUUUAAACAUUUUGUUCACCACCUCGCACGCUGUAUCGUGGCAUCUAGAGUCCAUAAAGCAAAGGCAAUGCGAUGCGGAAAUAUCGUCCCUGAACAAGUUCUGCGAGCUGGUCUACAACGGCAAAAUCACCCCAGCCGAGGGUCUAAUCGAUGCAGUGAACAAGAACUGGGAUUGGGCCAAGAACAUGCUGAAAAUGGUCGAAAAGAGCACCUUAAGGAUUGUUUUUAUUUGCGACAGGGGUAAGGUGUAUCGCCACAUCCUAUCCCUACCCUCCUACGACAGAAAAAAGGAGAAUGAUGGAGGAUCGAGGACUCUGGAGAGCGAGAGAAAGCGCAGGGACAUCAGACGACAGAAAACUUUGCCCAAUAGAAGUUAUUUCGCUUCUAUAAUGAAAGAUAAAGAGAUCUUCAACAAUGAAGACCUAACUCCUCAGCAUGACUUGCUAAAAUUAUCAAGCCCUUUGACAUACGUUUUAACCAGCAAGCAUAGAAAAGGCGAACAUAGGGGUUGUGGAGACGUCUUAAAAACCCUAAUAUCAAUGCAAAAACUGAACGUUUUUCAGGAAGUUACCAGCUGCCUCCCGCAGGAGGACCGUGUGGAACUCCUGGAAAUAAUACACGAGCUGCAGAUUCUGAAGUCCAAACAGAGCGGCAAGAAGUGGUCGAAUACGUUACCGCAUUCGAGCAGUAAGGCAAAUGUUGAGUUUUUUUCGAAGUACACGCCGAAAGAGGAGAGCGCAGGCGUGAAAAUCGUUGCGGAUGGCGUGGCAGAUGAGAAAAGAGAGGAGUUGAAGCUGAAAAAUGUUAAUUUGAAUAGCUUGAUAGGGACUUGUAGAGCAUCUAGGAUCAGAGAGGACAGCAACAUUUUUCUACUGAAUGACAACUUCAAGAUAAAAUCUUUGCUGAACUCAAGUGAUAGCUUUAGAUUUUAGAUUUUUUUUAGAUAAUUAAAUAGAGAUUUGAACGUGUUUUUGUCGUUUUA